GGAUUACUACGGCUCGAAGCUUAUGGCGACCACUCAUAGAAAAAUGUCACAUACAUUUGUGAUUGUUGGAACUAUUGUCCAACUAACAAUAACGUCAAAAGUGAUGGCCUUAAGUUUCGAAGGUUUUCUGAAAUCGUUACCAGCGAGUAUGCCGAACGACCUGAAGACGAUAAUCAUGAACUUGCGGGAGAAACAUCCUCAAGAGUUCGGUCUGUUAGAAACUACUGAUCAUGGAACUGAGACGCCUAUGUAUCCUAGGGACAAUGACCUCAACGUUAUGUUUAUGAAGCCCACAAGCAUAAAACCAGGUAUUCAGUACAGUGCGCCUGUUGCACCAAUAGUCAACAUUUUAAGGACUAAAGAGCCAGUAGCAAAUAAUUGUAGUAGUGGACCUAUACAAACGGAGAACCCGGUCACAACUCUAAAACCACCAACUGCAGAACUGCCUGACGUGGGAUGUCAAACACCAAGGAUACCCCUACCGCAGAUACCAGCUCCAAUAAUGCCAAUAGCGAUUCCUGUGUACCCGAGAAUGCCCAUCAUAGUACCAGCGAGGACAUACUUCGAACCAGUGAGACACGACCACCCACCAUUAUACAAGAUAAAACAGAUGAUAGAACGAGAUGAAAAGAAAUGGAAGAAAGAGAACAAAGGAAAGAAUUGUGAUAUUUCCUUGGAGUUAGCUUAUAGUGAUGCGGACAGUUCAUCGAGUACGGAUACUGAGUCCGAAUCUAGGAAUAUAGAGUAUUACGAUGGCUUUUUGAAAAUUAAUGUGUGAAUGAAGGCAGAAAAUUUGAAUCAAUUUGCCAGUACUUAUUUUUUUACAGCAAAAUGUAAUGUUUAGCAAUAUUUUUCUACUACAAAAUCUUACGUGGUUAGAUAUUUCUUAAUGUAUUUUAUACUAGCUACUUCCGCGCAGUUUCACACGCUCUGCUCAGCUCCUAUUGGUCGUAGUGUGAUGUUUUAUAGCCUAUAGCCAUCUUCUAUAAAUGCGCUAUCCAACACAAAAAGAAUUAUUCGAAUCA